AAGAGGAUGGGCUCGUCCAUGUCGGCGGCCACCGCGCGGAGGCCGGUGUUUGACGACAAGGAGGACGUGAACUUGGACCACUUCCAGAUUCUCCGUGCCAUUGGGAAGGGCAGCUUCGGCAAGGUGUGCAUCGUGCAGAAGCGGGACACGGGGAAGAUGUUCGCCAUGAAGUAUGUGAACAAGCAGCAGUGCGUGGAGCGGGGCGAGGUCCGCAACGUGUUCCGGGAGCUGGAGAUCCUGCAGGAGAUCGAGCACGUCUUCCUGGUGAACCUGUGGUACUCCUUCCAGGACGAGGAGGACAUGUUCAUGGUGGUGGAUCUGCUGCCGGGGGGAGACCUGCGCUACCACUUGCAGCAGAACGUCCAGUUCUCUGAGGACACCGUGAGGCUGUACAUCUGUGAAAUGGCACUGGCCCUUGACUACCUGCGCAGUCAGCACAUCAUCCACAGAGACGUGAAGCCCGAUAACAUCCUCCUGGAUGAGCGAGGCCAUGCACACCUGACUGACUUCAACAUCGCCACCAUCAUAAAGGAUGGCGAGAGGGCGACCGCGCUGGCCGGGACCAAGCCGUACAUGGCUCCGGAGAUCUUCCAGUCUUUCGUCAACGGUGGGACUGGCUACUCCUUCGAGGUGGACUGGUGGUCAGUGGGGGUGAUGGCCUACGAACUGCUGCGUGGAUGGAGGCCCUACGACAUCCACUCGGGCAACACCGCGGAGUCCCUGGUGCAGCUGUUCAGCACCGUGAGCGUCCAGUACGUGCCCACCUGGUCCAAGGAGGUGGUGGCCCUGCUGCGGAAGCUGCUCACCGUGAACCCCAAGCACCGCGUGUCCAGCCUGCAGGACAUGCAGGCGGCCCCCGCGCUGGCCGCCGUGCCGUGGGCCGAGCUGAGUGAAAAGAAGGUGGAGCCCGGCUUCGUGCCCAACAAGGGCCGCCUGCACUGCGACCCCACCUUCGAGCUGGAGGAGAUGAUCCUGGAGUCGCGGCCGCUGCACAAGAAGAAGAAGCGUCUGGCCAAAACCAGGUCGCGGGACGGCGGCUCCCGGCCGGAGAAUGACUACCUUCAGGACUGCCUUGAUGCCAUCCAGCAAGACUUUGUGAUUUUUAAUAGAGAAAAGCUGAAGAGGAGCCAGGACCCCACGAGCGAGACCCUGCCCGCACCUGAGCCCGGGGAGGGCGCAGAGGCCUUGGCGGAUGGCGAGGGGGCGCGCUUGGCCCUGCGUGUGUGCGGCACCAUCUGCCCCUCGGCCGGGAGCAGCUAG